UCAUUGGCUGGGUUGAAUAUGCUUCAGACAUGGCCGAAAGAGAAGCGGAAAAUUUUGCUAAAGCUCGAGCUUACUUUUGUAAAGAAAGAAUAAAACACAGUCCGGAGGAGGAGGCCAGGCUGGAGAGGCAGCAUUUCUGGAGGAUUAUCGAUGCGUUUCGAUUUUACCGGGUCCAUGUCCAGGAGCAGGUCAAACGUGCAGAGCAUCAGUUUUGGAGCCUUCCACAGAGCCACCAGAAUCUGCUUCCGGGUGUCCUGCCAAAACUGUCUCGCAUUAGGCAGUGUGUUGAACACAACCACGAAGUACUCCAGGCCAUCGUCUGCAACAGCAUCCACAUGUUUGAAAACAUUGAGUAUGGUGAGAGGGUUGAGUCGAAGCAGGUACGUCCAGUGUCGACUUUUGAUAUGGACAAGCUUAAAUCCACCAUAAAGCAGUUUGUUCGAGACUGGAGCGAGGCAGGUCAGGCUGAGAGGGAGUCCUGCUACCGGCCCAUCAUUCAGGCGAUCCAGAGACUCUUCCCUCCUAAACAGUGUACUUUAUCUAAGGUUAGUGUGCUGGUUCCGGGUGCUGGACUUGGCCGUCUGGCUUGGGAGAUCGCUCAACUGGGUUAUACCUGCCAGGGCAAUGAAUGGAGUUUCUUCAUGCUGUUCUCUUCCAACUUUGUUCUGAACAGGUGUGUAAAGGUGAACUCUCUGACCCUGUACCCCUGGAUCCACCAGUUUAGCAACAACAGGAAGUCAUCUGACCAGACACGACCUGUCAGCUUUCCUGAUGUCAACCCUCAGAGCCUACCACCAGAUUCAGACUUCUCUAUGGUAGCAGGGGACUUCCUAGAGGUCUACACUGAAUCAGAUUCUUGGGACUGUGUGGCCACUUGCUUCUUCAUUGACACAGCUCACAAUGUACUAGAGUACGUGGACACCAUCUGGAAGAUUCUUAAACCGGGUGGAGUUUGGAUCAACCUCGGCCCAUUGCUGUACCAUUUUGAGAACAUGGCCAAUGAACUCUCUAUUGAACUUAGCUACGAAGAUAUAAGGACAGCAAUGGUUAAAUACGGCUUCCAUAUAGAGGAGGAAGAAGAGUCAGUUCAGACCACCUACACAGAAAACGACCGAUCCAUGUUAAAAUACGUUUACGACUGCAUCUUCUUUGUGGCCCGGAAACCUGCACAUCAUCAGCGGCUAACGAGAUGAGCAAGAACAAAACUCUGCUUCCUGAGUCGCCACAGAGACGGUCGGACGAUGUGACACUUAUGUGGAAGGAGCACUGCUGUUGGCAGUGACAAACUGAGACUGACAAAAGCAGCCAGUGAACACACAACAGCAAGAACAGCAGACGAAAUGCUGCCCCGCCCCUCAAUGCCAUGUUUUUACAAUGCAGUUCAACUACGCUAAUCUGUUGCGUGGCAGGGAAGGACUAACUACUGGCUCAAAUGCAAUUUUGAACUCAUGUAGUACUACAAUGUAUUUACUCUAACCCAGGAACAUGUAUAACACCAUCUUGUGUAGUCAUAGUAAAUGCAACUUUGUUUGGUUGUACAACCAUUAGGCCUCAUUUGUAGAGUAUUUUGUAAGUUUCAUUAGUUGUAGUUGCCCCCCCCCCCCCCCCCCCCCAAAAAAAAAAAUGUUCAGCUCGUUUGUACCACUCCCAAAUCUCUAAGAACAGAUUCACAUUAUGAUUCAAAUGGUAAGCAAUGAGACGGGAUCGAAAAUACAAGUGAAAUCAGAAAACUGCUACAUUUAAAACCUAUCGGAAAACAAUUUUUUUUUUUUGGCUGUUUCACGGUGUUUUUAAAAAUGCUCACAUGCCAAACUCGAGGGCUGUGGUGCAAAUAGUCAGGAAGAAAUCAGUGUUUUUAUCCAACAAAGAACCCACAGCCUAUAUACUUGAGUUUGUACAGAGCUGAUCUCAACAACUGAGUGAUGGAGUUACUUAAUAUUUAUGUAUCCCCGCUGUGAUGUACAUCAUAAUAUGACGAUUUUUGAAAGUGGUCAUAUUGUUAAUUUAUGGCUGUAAAAUGUUUCAGAUUUCAUGCUAUAAAUUUUGGUGUGACUACAUACUACCCCCUGCUGGUUGUAUUAAGAUGGUGACAUUGAGCAGCCUGUUUGGGACAUAUUUACCUUUACCUAUUUACCUACGUUUUGUUCUUGAUGGUCAUCUCAAAUGACUCACUAUUUGAGAAAUUAUGCAUGUAUGAGCAUGAUUUGUUAAUCUGCUUUACAGUUGUAUGUAAAAGUUUGGGCACCCCUGAUGAUUUCCAUGAUUUUCCUUUAUAAAUCAUUGGUUGUUUGGAUCAGCAAUUUCAGUUAAAUAUAUCAUAUAGCA